AUGGGCUGGUUUUGGGCUGAUAAUACUACCACGGCCUCACCCUCUUGUCCGGUGCCACAUUCAAACAUAGGAAGUUGUCCCGUUCAACACUCCAAACAAGACCAGCCUCAAGUAUGUCCGGUUAACCACAAAGGACUUUCCGACAAACUGAACCCGCUGAACCAGAUGCCAUAUUCGAUUUCCUCCAACAAGGCCCCGGGUCAGAAAAUAGAGCUGCCUAAGCAAAGGACUAUGUCCACGAUCCCAAAGGGCGAAUCAACAGACAGCGGAAACUGGGAAUAUCCGUCGCCUCAGCAAAUGUUCAAUGCCAUGAUCAAAAAGGGCAAAGGCGAUGUUCCUGAAGAUGCGGUCGAGUCCAUGGUGGAUGUGCACAACUUCUUGAAUGAAGGAGCAUGGCAAGAGAUCCUGAACUGGGAGCAAAGACACACUGCAGAGACCAAAGUCGAUCCGCGGCUGUUGAAGUUCACGGGAAGGCCCGACGAUCUAUCGCCACGCGCGAGAACUUACUCGUAUCUGGGAAAGGUGUUCCCCAGUCAGUUCGGAACGGAACCACCGUUUGACAGACACGAUUGGACGGUGCUACGUUCGGAUGGCCAAAGCGGUUGGAAACAGGUGAGGUAUGUGAUUGAUUACUAUGGAGGUCCAGAUGAUGAAGAUGGUAUGCCGUCAUUCUAUUUGGAUGUGAGACCUGCUUUGGACAACGUGAGUAAUGCUCUAGACAGAUUUGAGCAUUGGUCAAAGGACCUGAAGCCGUUGUGGGAGAAGGCCCUGGGGCGGACAAAGGACUGA